AUGUUGUCGUCAAGGGUAUCUGUUGGGCCACGGUCCAUGUGUCUGUACUGCCAGUUCAAACGCGCGACUGUACCGCACAUCACUGAGUCUCUGCAGCCACGGAGUCAGCUCUCCCGGCCAGCUUCAACAGCCCAAGCUCGACGAAAACCCUCCCGGAUGAGGCUGUCCCCGAACGUAGGGAAGUCAGUGCUAGCCGAUGGGAAGACGAAGAGGUCAGGUCGUUUCGAGAAUAGCCCGUUUGGGGCGAUGAACCAGACCAGCGUUCGUCUCCGGGAUAACACUCGCUCCAGAUCAGACGCCGAACUCAGACGAGCAGCCAAACCCCAGUUCAGGGAACAAGGUCAGGACAAGGAGAAGAGCGAGGAAUCGUGGAUGAAACCUCUGAAGAUGCAGAUUGCCCUUACCCCGGUUCCGUAUAACCGACGCAUGGCGAUCAAGGAGAAGAUUGCAGACAUUACCUCAUUCGACCAGUUUCCUCUUCUUGAUGUGGUGCGUGAGGCGGUGUACAACAACGCGCUUGCUGGGAUGGAGGACGUAACUCCUACACCUAUACAGCGUGUGGCCAUACCGGCAUUGUUGGGCCACAAUAACAAGAUUCCCGAUACCCCUCCAAAGGACGACCAUGCGCCCAAGUACGACCAAUUCCUACUCGCAGCAGAAACUGGCUCAGGAAAGACUCUCGCCUAUCUUAUUCCAGUUCUAGAUGCUUUAAAACACGCUGAGGCCUUUCAGAAGGAGCAGGAAAAGAUAGAGGCUGAAGAAAAGGCAAAGAGAGAGCAGGAAGAAAAGGAACGGAGGGAAAAGAACAACAUAUUUGAGUUGGAGUCCCCUGAACUUACAACACCAGAUACAUACCAGGAUGUCGCAAAGCCAAAGGUUAUAAUUCUCGUUCCUACCUCUGAACUUGUCAACCAAGUCGGUCAGCUGGUUAAACAGCUAUCCCACACUGUUAAAUUCCGUUCCGCACUUCUCCAUUCUUCCCAGACCCCACGCAGAAUUCGAAAUAGUUUAUUCAGCCCCGCUGGAUUAGAUGUACUCAUCAGUACCCCACAUCUGGUCAGCUCAAUUGCGGAGUCUAACCCUUACAUUUUAAGCCGUGUCACUCAUAUCAUCGCGGAUGAGGCAGACUCUCUCUUUGAUAGAUCCUUCUCCCCAAUCACCAACUCUAUAAUUGAAAGGGCUGCAUCAUCAUUGAAGCAGCUCAUUCUCUGUUCUGCCACGAUUCCACGACACUUGGAUAACCGUCUUCGUGAGCUUUACCCUGAUAUUAGAAGACUCGUUACUCCAAAUCUCCACGCCAUUCCCCGAAGAGUCCAACUUGGAGUGGUCGAUGUUGACAAGGAACCCUACCAUGGAAAAAAGUCUCUUGCUUGCGCCGACGUCAUUUGGUCUCUUGGAAAGGCUGGAAGUAGUGAUGAGGGCGACGCAUUUGCACGUAUUACCGGCACCCCAGAGACGAAACAUAUUAUCGUUUUUGUAAACGAGCGUGAAUCGGCUGAAGAAGUGGCUGGAUUCCUCGCCUCAAAAGGAAUCGAUGCCGUGGCUUUGACUCGAGAUACCCCUGAGAAGCGACAAUCCGAGAUCCUCAACGAAUUCACCCAGGCAAAGCCACAGCUCUCAGAAAAUGACAAGAAGUUGCUUAUGAAGAGUAAGAAACUUGACGCAGGGGCAGUGCCCUUCAUGAGAAGCGAUGAACCCAAGAAACCCAGCUCAACAAAAUUCCUGAGCAAUACAAAAGUACUUGUCGUCACCGACCUGGGAUCCCGAGGAAUCGAUACCGUAGCGGUUAGAAAUGUGAUUCUGUACGAUGUCCCCCAUUCGACUAUCGACUUCAUCCACCGUCUUGGUCGCCUGGGCCGUAUGGGAAGGAGAGGAAGAGGCAUCGUUCUCGUCAACAAGAAAGACAGAAAGGACGUGGUCAAGGGUGUUCGUGAAGCAAUGUUUAGAGGACAAGCACUGAUCUAA